CGUAGAUCAACCCAUACCAUGUUUAGCAAAUUAGCUGUCUUAUUCAUAACGUUGACAUUGGUGUCUGCCAACUUCUUCAAUCUAUUCAAUAACUUUGGCCAUGGUGGCAACCGUGAAGGGAGGGCACAGAACCCCGAGGAACACGAGAAUGCUAUGUUGAACGGAAAUUGUGGACGUUACUUGUGCCCAGACACGGGUAUAUGUGUCGAUGCACCCAAAUUCUGUCCCUGCCCAUUCCCAUCUUCACAAUUAAGAUGUUUCUUACCCGAUGGUAGGUAUUUGUGCAUUUCCAAACCAGCUGGAGAAAUUGCAGCAAACUAUGAUGAUGCAGCCACCAACUGGAAAGUGGAUGCAAAGGACGACAAUGUGAGGGAUUGUGGCUGGGUUAAUCGUGCAUGGAAGGGAGAAGUCUAAGGAGAGGAACCAAUAAUUUUCAGCAUUUUUCUGUGUUCAGUACAUCCACAUCUACUUCAUGGACUAGCGCACAGAUCGUUUAAAUGCACUCCAAUCUGAAGCAAGAUCUGUGUUACACUAGGGGCCAGGGAUUUUGGCGGUGUGACCGAAAUCGUGGGAUAGCUUCUGCUCCGGAUUUACUUCUGGUUGUAUGGCACAUAAGUUUAUAGAUUAUCGCAAUGCAAAAGCAAACGGAUUCGAUGGUCUAAUCUGCCAUAUUGUAGGGUGAGAUUGCAACUAUUGCAUCUACAGCACUUUCAUGAAAGCCAUGAGAACGAAGGGCGCAAACUCGGCUAAGUCGUGGUUGGCGUUGGUUUCUAGAGACUUGAGACUAUUCACCAGCGGUGGAGAUUUAAACCUAUCACUGAAAUAUUGCUCCCACAUAAACCAAUUUUAGAUCGCCCCAUGGGUAUCCAGUGUACAUAAUAUCAAUGAACA